GUCUUUAUUUAAAAAUAAAAAAAUGUUUUCAAAAUGAACAAGUUUCUCCGUGAAGGAUCCAAAGCCCAAUGAAUGGAUAUAGUUUGGAAGAAGUUGUUGUUGAUGGCAGUGUCGUGAGAGUGAAAAUCCAUUCGCUGCUCUCUUCCCCUUCAUGAAAUUCAAUGGAUGCAAUCAGAAAGCAAGCUUCGAAGCUUCGAGAACAGGUCGCUCGCCAGCAACAGGCUGUUUGGAAACAGUUUGGGGCUGGUGGUUAUGGAGGUUCGGAUAAUAUGGUUACCGAUGAAGUAGAGCUCCAGCUACAUCAGAAACUUGAGAAACUCUAUAUAUCGACACGUGCGGGGAAGCAUUAUCAAAGGGAUAUUGUCCGUGGUGCAGAAGGUUAUAUAGUUACUGGGUCCAAGCAAGUUGAAAUAGGAACAAAGUUGUCAGAAGAUAGCAGAAAAUAUGGUGCAGAAAAUACUUGUACCAGUGGUAAUACAUUGUCUCGAGCUGCACUAAGUUUUGCACGAGCCCAUGCUCACAUGGAGAAGGAGCGUGGAAACUUACUAAAAGCUCUUGGUACACAGGUUGCAGAGCCCUUGAGGGCAAUGGUGGUUGGAGCUCCAUUGGAGGAUGCUCGGCAUCUUGCUCAACGUUAUGACAGAAUGCGACAAGAAGCUGAAGCCCAGGCUAUUGAAGUUUCUAAACGCCAGGCAAAAGUAAGAGAAACGCCAGGCAAUGCUGAGAAUGCUAUGAAAUUAGAAGCAGCUGAAGCGAAGUUGCAAGACCUCAAGACAAACAUGGCCAUACUGGGGAAGGAAGCAGCUGCAGCAUUGGCUGCUGUUGAAGCACAGCAACAGAGGCUAACUCUUCAACGUCUUAUAGCUAUGGUUGAAGCAGAGCGUGCCUAUCAUCAAAUAGUCCUACAAAUAUUUGAUCAGCUUGAGGGAGAGAUGAUAUCAGAACGACAACGGAUUGAAGCCCCUUCUACUCCUAGUGUGGAUAACAGCAUGCCACCACCCCCGUCAUAUGAAGAAGUGAAUGGGGUCUAUGCAUCUCAGACACAUAAUGGAUCAACAGAUAGCAUGGGUUACUUCUUAGGAGAGGUUUUAUUUCCAUAUUCUGCUGUAUCUGAAGUGGAGCUGAAUCUAUCAGUUGGUGAUUAUGUUGUUGUCCGAAAGGUAACAAACAGCGGAUGGGCCGAGGGUGAAUGCAAAGGCAAGGCAGGUUGGUUUCCAUUUAGUUACAUUGAAAGGAGGGAGCGGGUUCUUGCAAGCAAGGUGGCUGAAGUGUUUUGAGUUUUUCUCCGGUUGGAUUGGUUUCUUAAACCUGCGGAUUUUGUUUGUGUGUAUGUUUUGAUUUAUUUGUGAUAUAGAUGGGAUAUAAAUGGCAACUUUUCCCUUGUGAUUAUCAUUUAGAAUUUAGAAAUGAAUAUUUUGUUAUCACAAUUUUUUAUUUUAUUGCACUCAACUUGUUUCCUUCAAUGGUUUGUUUAUGCAAUUAGACUCAGUUUAUGUAAACUUAAAAAAAAUAGAGAAAUAUAAAUUAUUCUUAAU